GCACCGGUUACACAGCUGUAAUAGGAAAGUUACUAAACAAGAGAAUUGUACUUUGUCUGGAUUUGAAUUACCAACAAAACAUAAUCAUGAUGAAAUCUGACAGUUUGGAUCAGCUCAAGAAAAUGCUUUCCAAGAUUUAUCUUCAAAGGAAACGGGUUAUUCAUGAGUUAGAUUAUGCAUUGACCCACUACACAAACCUCGUACCUGUGAUGGAUGAACAUGUUUUCAAUGAUGGCACUGCAAAACGUCUAAUGAGUCUAUCGGGAACUAUUCCUGCCUCGUUUCAUGGCAAAAUCUACAACAUCCCAGUAUGCCUGUGGCUUGAGGAAAACUACCCCGAAACUGCCCCAAUCUGCUAUGUCAACCCCACUCAGGAGAUGAUGUUCAUUAGAGGAAACUAUAUCACUGCCAAUGGUGAAAUAAUGCUGCCUUACCUGCAGGAGUGGAAACCAAUUGAGUGUGACCUGGUGAGUCUGAUUCAAGUACUGGCUGCAAUGUUUGGCGAAUCCCCCCCUGUGUGUAUGAAACACCAUCCAAAGCAUGAACAAGCCUCCUGUUCACAGCAGUUCCAAAGACAAAUGGAAGGCCGCUCAGAAGCAGAUGGAAAUUCAUAUUUUUUCUUGACAAGAGAUGAUGAUGAUGAUGAUGGUCAACCUUUCCAGUGGGAAAACGAAACCAACUGUUAGCAACUGCUAUGAUGUACCUUGUAAAAAAAAGUUUAUUGUAUAUGCUAUGUAUAGAAGCCAUGCUGUGUUUUGUUAAAUUUAGAGGCAAAAUUGUGUCCAUUUAUUAUUUAAUCAUUCGAUAAUUCAAGCAUUGGCACAAAUACACAGCGCUUUGUAUAAUUCAAGCCUUUUGAAUUUGAGCAGUGCAAACUAUCUGGGACAACAAAACAUCACCUUUACUGAUGUAUGCAGGACUUUUCUAGCUACUUUAAAAAAAAAUACAAUUCGUUCACAGGUGGCUGACUAAAUGGCAUUUUAGA